AAUAAAUCUCCAUCCAUGGAGUAGGGAAAACUGAGUCUCUCUGCUCAUGGACGCAAGAAAAGCGAGGAUCUUCAUUGAGUUCAGCCAUGUCCGCUCGCGGCCGUACGAAGACAAAAUCUCUGCCCACAGACGUAAUCAACACGAAGAAGACCAUCCACAGGAAGCUCGUCAGUGCGCAGAAACUACAUGAGGGAAAUUCCAUCGCGUGCGGACAUCUUAAGGCUCGAUGUUUCACCAUGCCCACUUGCCCAGAGGAGCUCGUGGAAAUGCAACCUUCAUCAUUCGAUCACGCCAGGACAUGGAGAAGAGGAAUUCGACAGCAAAUGGAUGUGAAGAAAAAUAGGUGGCAGAAGCUUUAUCUAAAAUCCAAAUUUUAGAUACAGUGCUCGCGGGUAGAGAAGAAUGCGAAGAGCCAGACUGAGAAAUGCAAGAGACCAGACACCAGAAAGCUCACCUUCAAGAUUUCGCUCAUCGCAACAUCAUCGACCAUAGGGUUCUCAACCUAUCUGAAUCUCACUUACCUUUUUCUUCUUCUUCAAGACCCUUCCCCAGAAGAAUUCUGCAUCCAGGUGGCUAUGCUGGACAACAUGUUCACCUUCUUCCUGAAUCUCCCUCGCCCAUUUGCAGCCAUCCCUUAAAGAUUUCAUCUUCCGACUCAGACACCUUCUACUCUGACAUUGCUUCCCAUUUCCCCUCUCCAAGAAACCAGAGCUUUGGAACAUCCUGCAACGAGGACAAUAACUGUUCCUCAUGCUACUGUGAAAUAGAAGAGUGGUUGGAGCACGCAAACAAAUUUUGCAGACCUUUUAACUUUAAUGCCAGAUAUCAUUUAUCAUCAGAUACUGGUGAUAGUUUGGAUCAAAAUGGAAGAAGCCCAGAAGUCAAAUUGAGCAUAUCAUCGAUAUGCAAAAAGUUUCUUGAUCAUGAACUUUACAGCAACACACAACCUUCAGCUAAUGAGAGUACUGUUUAUGGAAGUCAAAGUUGUCUUGCCUGCAUAAACAGCGUGUAUGGAACAUCAAAAUCUGAAAGAGAUCAGGGACAAAGAAAGUUGUUGAGCAGGCCCAAACCUUAUAAAGCCUACUUGAAUGAAAUCGAAAUGCAGAAGCUGGAAACUGAAAGAGAUUCGUGGAAGAGAGCCAGACAUCUUGAGCUGUUGGAAAGGAUGAGAAGGAAGGAAGCUGCUAUAGAUGACUGGGAAUUGCAGAAAACCAGGAUAGCUGUGGAAAAAAUGAAGAAACUUCAGCAAAAUCUUCAGAACAAGUUGGAGACAAAACAGCUUGAGGUUGCGUCCAAAACCCAGAAGAAACUAUGCUUGCUGAAGCAAAAAGCAGAAAAAAAACAGAAGAGAGAUUUGAGGCGAACAACAAUAGAGAAGAUCUCAACUACUACAAAUGUCUCUGGAACACACACUUGCAGUUGCAGAGGAUUCACAUGUCUCAAACUUGGAUCAUUCUGUUAAAUUCAUUAUGUAUUACUUAGGUAUGACCAAAAGAAAAAAAACUAUACAUAUAGAUCUAUCAUCCACAAGGAGAUGCGGAUUAUCGGCGCGGCAAAAUUGUGUUUUUUUUCUUAUGAGUACGUUACAGUUUAGGUAAACCAGGAAAAACACUGUCAGAGAUAUUAAUUUGUA